CACCCCCGGCCAGUCUUCUAGGAGGUGAGGUGAGCUCUGCUUCUGUUCGAAGCCUCGACAGUGACGUUCAUCCAGACAACGGGGCUUCUCCCUAAGGGAAGGAUGGGAACAGACGCUGUAGGAAGCCAUCUCAUUUCUUUUUCACCCUUUAAAGGCAAAUUGCUGAUUUUUAGUCAGAGUCAAUAAGUAUCGUAAAACAGAUUAUUUUCUGUUCAGCUUUGCUACUUUGAUAGAGCGUGUAAUCUGGGGACCCAGAAAAGUCAAAAGAAAUAAAGAUGCUGCCACAAUAAUUGCCCCUGUUUUUUAAGAGAUGCCCCAGGGGGCAGGAGUCAAGGAUUCUGCUCUAGAAAGCAGGGGACCUCGUGGGGGGAGAUUUGACCUCCUGACCUCUCCCAUGACAUCAGCCUCUCCUAAUUCCUUCAGGCCAGUGGCCUCUGGCCCCUGGGAGGGGGAGGGUGCUGCCUUACUCAGGCAGCUGAAGAUAGACAACUCAGAGAGGAAACAGCCUUCUUACCGGUUGGGGAGUUUCAACUCUCUGCACUUUGGAGGGUUGGAGAAAAUGUGACCUUUAUUUGAGAAAUCAAAACCUUGCUGGUCGGGCGUUGAAUUCCGCACUCUUCAGUGGGAGAUGCUUACCAGUUAACUAGAGAAUAUCUCCAGCUUGUAAACAGACAGGAUGGACCUCCCAGGUGAGCCGACACUGUAAACUACAUUCAAACCUCAAGAUAUUUGUGUUUCUUCCUUCCACUGGGUGCGUCCCGGUGCUUCCAGGUCAGGAGGGCUACAACUGGGCAGAUUUAUUCUAACAACUUCCACCAGGAGCUGAGAGUGAAUUCUACAGUUCGUAGCUCUCCAAUAAGGUUUUUAAAUCAAAGACUCAUUACCGUGGACUUGGAAAUCCUUUAGGUCAUGGGGUCAGUGGUCUGAGGCGGGGGUUAGACGCAGAUCCUGAGACCAGUCUUCCUGACCGAGGCCCCCGUGUCCCCCCAGACCCGCAUCGGAGGCUCACACAGCCUCUGAUCAGAAGCAUUAAGGACAAGGAAACACAGCUUUAAGGAGUGUGUGUUUAAAGAGCUGUGCUUUUUUCUCAGCUCUCCUUUUCAAAAAGUAAAAGCCUGGCUGUGUGUACAUCCGCCUUUGAGUCCCGCUUAGUCCUGGAUCCACACAGGAAUCCAGCCCCCAGCCCCUUCGCUGCUCCCGGGGCUCCUUCCAGGCCCUGGCCCCCGUUCCCGGCCAGGUGGAUGCCCACCCAUGUGCGGGCCGUUCUGGAAAUGCGCGUGAAGAGCCGCCCAGGGCGCCCGGGCUCCACUCUCCUCACCAGCCUGAGAGGGAGAAGCCUGAGCCCACGUUCAAGUGCAAGAAAGUCUCCCCCAGGGGGGUUGACAGAAGGCCUUUGGGGCCCCUCCCCCGAAAAGGCUAUGAGAACUUGGGUGAGCGUGUCUUUCUGAGGAGAUGGUCUUUCAGAAGAUUCUCAAAGGGUCCAUUAUUCUUUUUUCUUCUGAGCAGAAUACUGACCGACUCUGGUCUGCCGUGGCAAUGCAGAAGGGGUCCGUUUGCUUUGUGCAGAGUUUCUUUAGGAGUCAAGGCCCCUUCGCCUCAGGAUGUUGGAUCAGAGCCUUCACAGGGGACCCUGCACUGCAGGUGGGGCUGGUCCUGCACCUGCGGCUCCUGCUGUAAACUUGGCACCUGUCUGGCAGGGGAGCAGCGCUGCCCAUUAAGGGGAGAAAAGAUAAAGCGGCAGCAUGGACUGGGGCACGCUGCACACGUUCAUCGGGGGCGUGAACAAACACUCCACCAGCAUCGGGAAGGUGUGGAUCACCGUCAUCUUCAUCUUCCGCGUCAUGAUCCUGGUGGUGGCCGCCCAGGAGGUGUGGGGCGAUGAGCAGGCCGACUUCGUGUGCAACACGCUGCAGCCCGGGUGCAAGAACGUGUGCUACGACCACUUCUUCCCCGUGUCCCACAUCCGGCUCUGGGCGCUGCAGCUCAUCUUCGUGUCCACGCCGGCCCUGCUGGUGGCCAUGCACGUGGCCUACUACAGACAGGAGGCCGCGCGCCGGUUCAGGCGCGGGGAGAAGAGGAACGAGUUCAAGGAUCUGGAAGACAUCAAACGGCAGAAGAUCCGGAUCGAGGGCUCCCUGUGGUGGACCUACAGCAGCAGCAUCUUCUUCCGAAUCAUCUUCGAGGCCGCCUUCAUGUACGUGUUCUACUUCCUGUACAACGGGUACCACCUGCCCUGGGUGCUGAAGUGCGGCAUCGACCCCUGCCCCAACCUCGUGGACUGCUUCAUCUCCAGGCCCACGGAGAAGACCGUGUUCACCAUCUUCAUGAUCUCCGCGUCCGUGAUCUGCAUGCUGCUCAACGUGGCCGAGCUGUGCUACCUGCUGCUCAAAGUGUGCUUCAGGAGAUCCAAGCGAGCACAGACGCAAAGAACCCCCCCCAACCACGCCCUCAAAGAGAGUAAACAGAACGAGAUGAAUGAGCUGAUUUCCGAGAGCGGGCAGAACGCCAUCACGGGGUUUCCUAGUUAAACGGGGCCAGGCACCGCGCAGCUGACGUAGCGUCGCGGAACUGCGGCCUUCCCCAGAAGGCAGCGCCGACCGGGCAUCCUGGCUCUCAGCUGAGACUCUGUCCUUACAAACGGCUUUCACCAUUCAUAGACACCCGAGUUAGCUUUCUGUAGAAUAAUUGGGCCAUGAAUGUGCCAUGUAAUCAAAUGUGUGGCCCGGCUCUACAGCCGGGCCUCGGUGUGACUUUUACAUGUGGGUUUAAGUGGACCGUCUGACAUGGCGGUAUUUCCUGAAAAUUUAAGGACGUAACUGUUGUCAAUAAAACAUUUAUCUAGAAAUUGAUACUUUUAUUAGGAAGAGAUAUUUUUAUAGGAUUGAAUGUUUUAGUUCUGAUUUUGAAUUUAUGUAAAGUAUUUUUAUAAUGACUGGUCUUCCUUACCUGGGAAGACACACAAUGUUAAUUUUAGAAUCAUGCCUUCAGUGUCUAAUAUUUAAGCUUCCUCUGUCUCGUUGUAGGUAUUGUUUUUCCUUGUCUGCUGACAAAUGUGUGACCUGUCAUGGCUCUUAGGGUGGAAAGGGUUCACUGUACCAUGUAUUUUCACUGCGGUCUGGGCAUGGCCGGAACUGUAUGGAAGCGGGAAGCUUUUCGUAGGGGCUGAUUUGCAGUCCUCGUGAACGGCUGACGCAGGAAUGCGCUCCCUCAAUAAAGAUGAGCCCUUUGCUGAA